AUCAUUAAGAACAUGGGAUGACGCUGACUAGCCUCUGUCCCUUGGGGUUGUACCUUUUCUAUCUCAUUUAAAUCAAAAGCAUCGUAGAAGAGGAAAGUAUCCCUAAUUUUCACAGACUCUAAGAAAUCACUAGAAAUAAUUAAGGAGAAAUAUGAGCUUUUCAUUUGUCUUUCGAAGGAAAGCUUUAGAAGGCCAUCAAGAAGGCAAAUCCUACGUUUUGGUCCUAGGUGAGUUUUGCCAAGAGUCCUAAGAGUUGAAUUCAGAAAGCCUGUGACAAACAACAGGAUGAAUUCCAGCGGUUCUGAUUUGGAUUUUCUUGAGAAAAGAUUUACUAGUGGAUGGCUGAAAUUUUUCUGGACUGUAUUCAUGAAAAGUUCUGAAGAUCUUCCUGAAAUCAUUCUAGUAUUGUCUUUGAUCUGUACAGUUGGAGCAUUUUUGAACCUACACUUGAAAGACUUUCCAGUUCCUCUCCCUGUGAUAUUAUUUUUAAUUGGAUGCAGUUUUGAAAUGUUAAGUUUUACAUCUGACCAGGUCCAACAAUUUGCAGACGCCAUACAAUGGAUAGAUCCACAUUUAUUUUUUAGUUUAUUUACACCAAUAAUUAUCUUUAAUGUUGCAUUUGACAUGGAUGUUUACAUGCUCCACAAGUUAUUUUGGCAGAUACUUUUAAUUACAAUUCCUGGAUUUUUUAUUAAUUAUAUCUUAAUUCUUUGGUAUCUGGCAUCUGUGAAUAAAUUACUUUUGAAAACCACCCAAUGGUUAUUAUUUUCAGCUAUCCUUAUGAGUUCAGAUCCCAUGCUGACUGCAGCUGCUAUAAGAGACCUUGGUCUUUCUAGAAGCCUUGUCAACUUAAUUAAUGGAGAAAGUCUGAUGACCGCUAUAAUGUCUUUAAUUUUGUUUGAUAGCAUUUUGGAUAUUAACUUCAGCAUGCAAAGAAAGACAAACUAUUCCUUAAACUAUAGCAUCAUGACUAAAAUUUGGUCAUAUUUUCUAGCAAGUUUCUUGUUUGGAAUUCUAAGCUCAAAACUGAUUCAACUGUGGAUGAGUACUGUUUUUGGUGAUGACGUCAAUCAUAUAAGUCUCAGCUUUUCAAUUCUGUACUUCAUCUUUUUUUUCUGUGAACUAGUUGGAAUGUCUGGAAUAUUUGCCCUUGCCAUUAUGGGCCUAUUUUUAAAUUCUACAAGUUUUAAAUCAGGAGUUGAAGCACCCCUUCUCGAGUUCUGGAAUUGUCUAUCAUUUGUUGCUUUUCUUAUGGUGUUUACUUUCGUUGGACUUCUAAUUCCUGCACAUACAUAUUUAUAUGUAUCAUUUUCUGAUGUGUAUUAUUCAUUAAAUGUCUACUUAACACUUAUGGUUUUCAGACUUCUGGUCUUUCUAUUAAUAAGCCCUCUUUUGUCCCGACUUGGUCAUGGUUUCAGCUGGCGCUGGGCAUUCAUAAUGGUCUGGAGUGAAAUGAAAGGGACUCCCAACAUAAACAUGGCCCUUCUGAUUGCCUACUCUGAAUCUUCUCUUGGAUCUGAGAGGGAAAAAUCUCAAAUAUUAUUUCAUGGAGUGUCAGUAUGCUUAAUUGGCAUGAUUAUCAAUAGAUUUAUUUUGCCAAUGGCAGUUAGUGAACUAGGUCUUCAUGAUGUCACAUCAACAAAAUAUAAAUCACUGUAUUAUACAUUUCAACAUUUUCAAGAGUUAACCAAAUCUGCAGCCUCGGCACUCAAAUUUGACAGAGAUCUUGCUAAUGCAGAUUGGAACAUAGUGGAGGAAGCAAUUAUACUUCAAAACCCAUAUGCGUUGAGCCAAGGAGAAACAGCAGAACAUCAAAAAGUGAGAUGUCUAGAAUGUAACAAGGAAAUAGAUGAGACCCUCAACAUUGAAGCAAUGGAGCUGGCCAACAGGCGUCUCUUGUCGGCACAAAUAGCGAGCUACCAGAGACAAUACAGGGAUGAGAUUCUGUCCCAGAGUGAAGUCCAGGUGCUGGUAGGUGCAGCAGGAAGCUUUGGUGAGAAGGGAGAAUAUAUUAAUGCUGAUACCAUAAAGAAUUAUUUUGAAAGCAAAAAAAUUCUUGUCUUUACUAGAAAAGUAUUGCUCAAUUGGGUGUAUAAUACAAAAAAGGAAAAAGGGAUACCAUCAAGACAUUGCUUUCUUCGUGGAUGCCAUAAAAUAGUAUUUGCUGAUGAAUUUGAGUACGUCGGAUACCUUGUAACACUAAUGAAUAUAUUUCCUAUUAUAAUUUCUUGGAUACCUGGGUUAAAUGUUAUCUAUGAGGAUGAAUUAAGACAUGCUAACUACUUUUUUCUUGCAUUUUAUAUUGUGGAGGCCUUACUUAAGGUAGCAGCAAUGAGGAAAGAGUAUUUUUUACAUGCCUGGAACCUAUUUGAGUUAACAGUUACAUUAGUUGGCAUCAUAGAUGUAAUGCUUAUUGAGACAAAUGCUACUAACUCAAGUUUUUAUUUGAUUCAAACUGUGGUUUUUAUAAAAAUUGUUCGAUUUCUUCGCAUUCUACGCAUUUUGAAGCUCGUGACACCAAAGUUGCUGCAAGUAAUAGACAAAAAUAUGAGUCAUCAGCUGUCCUUUAGGUAUGCUAUCCUAAAAGGGUAUGUCCAAGGCGAAGCAGACAUAAUGACUAUAAUUGAUAAGAUUGCAAGUUCUAAACAGAUUAAACAGAUGUUAUUAAGGAGGGUAACGAAGAACACGGGACGUGCUAUGAAAGAACUGGGCUACUUAGAAUACGAUCACCCAGAAAUCGCUGUCACUAUGAAAACAAAGGAAGAGAUCAACGUCAUGCUCAAUUUGGCCAGAGAAAUUAUUAAAGUCUUCAGGUUAAAAGGAAUUCUUCAUAAAAUUGAAGGUUCUGAAAUUAAUAAGUUAAUAACAGCCAGAAAAAGAGAGAUACUUGAUCUUCAACCUAUAUACAAACCGAUUACUGUUGAUGAGGUACUUCAUCAUGUUCCAUGGCUAGAUAAAGACGAAGACUACAUAAGCUUUAUUCAGGAAAGAGCCAGAAUUGUAACAUAUGACUGUGGAAAUAAUAUAUUUGAAGAAGAUGAUGAGCCCCAAGGAAUUUAUAUAAUUAUUUCAGGCAUGGUGAAGCUUCAAAGGUCAAAGCCAGGUUUGGGAAUUGACCAAAUAAUCUGGGAGUCAGAGGAGAAAGAUUACCAGAUAACUUACACAGAUUUUGUGAUCAGUGGGGCAAUAAUAGGAGAGCUAAACUGCUUGACUAAUGAACCCAUGAAAUAUUCUGCCACCUGCAAAACUGUAGUGGAGACAUGUUUUAUUGCCAAAAAUCACUUGUAUGAAGCUUUUGAACAACUCUGUCCUCACAUUGAAUAUAAAAUGUGGCUAAAAAUUGGACUUUCUAUUACUGCCAAAAAAAUCAGAGAGCAUUUAUCUUAUGAGGAUUGGAAUUACAAGAUGCAGUUAAAACUCCAUAACAUUUAUGUAAGAGAUAUACCAAAGUGCACCAAAACUGAUAUCUACGAUGAAACUGUAAUUUAUGUCAUCCUCAUCCACGGAGCUGUAGAAGAUUGUCAGUUACGAAAAACUUAUAAGGCUCCUUUCUUAAUUCCUAUAACAUGCCAUCAGAUACAAGGCACUGAAGAUUUCACAAAGGUAAUGAUUGUUCAAACUUCAAUUGAUGUGAAAAGAUUCAGAUGGAAGACUAGAAAAGAUAUACCGUCACAAAAACCAUCUCGUUCAACAACCUCAGCUGCAGGCAGAACAGAUGACGAACGCUCUCAGGAUGAAAUAAGCACUCAGAAUCAACAGCUCAGAGAAUCAAUUGAUAUUACCAAGGAGGAGAUGAACAUCUAUGAAAACCUCCAGAAUAAACAUGAAUGAAAGUCUGGUAAGCUGCCUCAGUUUCCCCGACAUGAUCAGGAGCACGCCUGUCCCUGGAGAUGCAGACUGAAGCCAGAAGUUUCUUUGUCCUUUGUGUGAUAGCGUGCAUUAUCCCACUUUCCACGAGCCAGCUGAUCCUUCUAAUGACACUAGUUCUAAACUCUAAUUUGGAGACUUAACUUUAGAAUAAGAUUCCUUUAUCUAGAUUUCUGAAAACUUUAUACUCUCAUGGUUUUUUCUCCAUAUUCUGUUACUUAAUCUCGAAUGCAACACUGAUUGCUCCUAAUUCGGCAAGUCAUUUUUCAGGCUGCCGUGUACUGUGAAAGAUAGAAACAGGCCACAAGCUAUGACUUCAUUUUCAAGAGCGUAUGUUCUGCUUAAGGAGACAAAACAUACCAGAAGGCAAUUAAAUAAGAAUACAAGAUAUACUAUGAAUAGUGCCAACUGAAGCUAAAUGAAUUUAAAAGAGAAACAGGUAGCGACUGAGCAUCAACAAAGACUUUGUAGAGAAAGGAAGCAGAUGUUCAGAACAGAAGACACAAGAGAGUGAGACUUUUGAGGAACAAUGACUAGACCGGUCUGGCUAUCGGCUAUUCAAAAUGUGGUGUCUAUGGGGAAAUAUUUGUGUAUAUAAGUGCUUUAUAUGGCUCUAUAUUACAUUAAACAUAUCCCUGGGUUU